AUGGUUGCUAGAUAUAUCAAAAUGAGGCAUCAUCUGACACAUGCAGAUCAUGGUCAACAUGGUGGUGUGUCCUUCGAAACAAAUGGUCACACAGGCCACGUUUCUCGAUGUUCUUGGAGUAAGGCUACGCAUGGUAAGAUUCGAAGGAUAUCAAGGCACUCUCCAGCUAAGCCAUGUGCUUCAAGAGACACGAUAUCCUGUAGGAGUGGUUGUGUCCUGUGGGGAACCACUCGAUACCUAGACAGGACUCUUCGUCAGUGUCUGCGGUGUGGACCAUGGCAAUUGGGCCACAACUGCGGAGGAAGCUAG